UUAUAUCAGAUCUAGUACAACUGAGUGUUCAUCUGAAGCUGGAUAUAGUUCCUAAAAUGGCUAAUUCAAUAAUUGCCAAGGUAGUCUCGUUGAGACUAGUGCCUGUAGCUGUGCUGACACAGCCUUCGCGCACGACUACCACCAAGCACUACAACCCAAAGUAUAAGAAAAUGCGGGCUCAGAAAUACAUGAAAUUCGAAUUGCCAGACUUCAGUGAAAAUGCUCAAGACAUGUCGCAAGAAAAAAUGCGACAAAAGAUGAAGGAACGUGGUUUGAUUCCACCAAGGCCUUGGAUGGAGCGUGCAUUUUAUAUUUCUGCCACAGGAGGUACCUUUGAGCCAUAUGUUCCUCCAGAAGGUGAUGGCAAAGCGUCUUUGGUGUCUACAUCUCGUGCUAAACAAGCAGUACAACACCUUGAGAAGAAAUCUAAAUCCAUGAUGGCUAUACGUAAAAUUAAAUCGUUUGAGGAAGAUUUUGACAGCAAGGAGUUUGUUGAACAGGCGCAGAAGAUCUACAUAAAAGCCCACAAGAGUCUUAUAGAUAAUGACAAACAUACUCUAAGACAGUAUGUUACGGAGAAAGCAUACCCAGAGUUCAGACACAAUUCAUAUGGCAAGACAACUCGUUGGGAAUUUCUGGAAUCAUUGGAACCACCAAGAAUAGUGCAUGCUCGGUGUACAGAUGUUGUUAGCAAGGAGAAUAUUUUUGGGCAGGUAACUGUUCGCUUCCACACAAAGCAGCGACUUAGUGUAUAUGACCGUUUCGGGCGGCUGAUACACGGCAGUGAGAUCCUCGCCAAAGACGUCCUCGAGUAUGUGGUGUUUGAGAAACAUUUGUCGAAUCUGUAUGGCACGUGGCGCGUCCAUGAUAAGAUUAUACCGGACUGGGCGCCGCCAAAGGAACCCUCCAAGCUAACGCGGACAAGAGAAGCAAAAGCACCAGUUGAAACAGCAGUAGUGGAAAAAGAAGAGUCUAAAAAUACACCUGCAGUUGCUGACAAGUAGUAUUCAAUAAGUAAGUGUAGGCAGAUAUAAAUAUAAUCAAACUUAUUGCUGGUGUUUCAUUGCUGUUUUAACAACUAAGAUUAAAUUAUAAUUAUACUUUGCCACUUGGACACUAACAAUACCUAAUUAAAAUGAUCUUGGUGUGUAUCAAAAUUACCACUUCGUUCCUACCAGUGAUAUUAAGUAGACCUAUUAUAGUAGAACAGCUGGGACUUUAUGUCGCAUAUUUUGUUCUAUUAACUGAACAUUUCAACUAUAAAAUAUUUGAACAUUUUCAAUGAUUUCAGGUCGCAGAAAUGAUAUGUGAUUGUUUAGCGGUAUCUUAACACUUCAUUAUGAUUCAGUUACUUCGGAUGCAUUGUGAAAAAGUAAAUGUUUAGUUAAGUGUAUAACCCAGACCUUUUUGUGUAUUGAGACCUACUGACACUGACUACCAAACAACUUUAAUUUGGGAACGAAGUUUUCCCAGUUCCCUUAAAUGAUUACAUUUAUUACUAGUAAUACGUGAACGUUAGUCGUAAGAAUUACUUCCUUAAGUUUAAUUUUCUGUGGUAAUGCUCUUUACCACCACUUGAAAUACGGUCAUAUGUUUUCAUUACACCUGUUUAGUUUGUAAGUGUAUUAUUAGCAAGGUCUGUUUGUGUUAGUUUGUGUAAUAGUCACGUAAUGUAACUGGUUUCAUUAUAGAAGAAGAACUUUGAAGACAUUCAUCGCCGUUUGCCCCGUGUCGCAAAAUGACACGGGGCCGUGGGGGUCAAAAUGACCAGCAUGAAACUGGUGGCAAACGCUAUGUAUUUGGAUAAGCCAUAUAACAUGACCGAUUCGGCCCUAAGGUUCUAAGUCUACUUUAAUUUCAAGUUGAAUUUAAGUUCUUACAAUGAUUCCAAAACAAGGAAGAAAAAUAUUUGUGUGAAAUGUAUGUCUAUCUAGAUCAUAGGCUUCCAAACUGUUUUGCCUCAUCGCCCAGUCUUGGCUCACGGCAAGAUAAAAAAAUUUCUACGCCUACCACCACAAAAAAUAAUUGAAAACACGUAGUUUUCGUAUUAACACAAAAAAUUACAGGGGAAAAAAAUAUUUUUUUAUUUUGUGUGUGUGUCCUAUAAGUAAUUAUUCAAUUUUUGUUUUUCAAAUGCGGUAGCACCCAUGUGGGACCCCCUGAACAGCAUCAACGCCGCCCCUCAGUGCUUUCGAGGCCCCCCGAGACCGCUAGGAUUCUUCAGCGACCACUAAAAUAGGGAAACGUUUUGGGAAACUAUGAUCUAGAUUCAACAGACAUGUUGUGUAUGUCAGUUUUAGGUGGAUUGGUUUAUGGAUUUGAUACAUGGAUAGAUGGAUGCAUUACGUACUGCCUAAACGUACAGGUUGAAAUGCCCGACACUAAAAAAUCCCAUAAUAGAGCCAAAUAAUGAAUUAUCUCGAAAAUAAAUUUAUUAUAACAUUAUACAAAUGAGA